AUGUUCUCUACAAGACAGAUUGCUGCCCUAGCUCUGGCCUUGUCUUCCGCCUCUGCUGCGUGCGUUCCAAGAGACUCCGGCUCCGAGACGACGCCAACCUCGGCCGCGGUCGCCAGCGAUCUCCCGGUCCAGGCUGUGUCUGCCUCAGCUUCCAGCUCUGCCGCCGCCGCACCUGCAGCUACUGCUUCAUCGUCGGCGUCAGCAUCCGGUGAUGGCACUAAGUACCUUGCCGUCUUUGGCGACUCAUACUCGUCCACCGGCUUCUACAUCGAAGGUGGCUUCCCCACUGCCUCGAACCCAAUGGGUUCAGGCGGCUCAACCACCACCGGCGGUCUCAACUGGGUCGGCAUGGUGACCGAGCAGCUCAACAGCUCGCUGGUACUUACUUACGACUUUGCCGUUUACGGUGCUGAUAUUUCCAACGACAUUAUCAACACUGGUGUCACCACCGACGUGAUUGCACAGGUUGGCCAAUUCGAGGACAACUUGGUCCCCGCUCCAACCGAGGCCCCAUGGACAGCUGAGGACAUGCUUGUUGCCGUCUGGAUCGGCGUCAAUGAUAUUGGUCAAUGCUUCUGGAAGUCUGCUCAGUAUGAAAGCUGCCCCAUCGACGAGGCUCUGACAAAGUAUUUCGAUUUGAUGCAGAACCUUUACAAGGAUGGCGUGAGAAACUUUGUUCUCAACACAGUCCCUCCCUUCUACAAGGCUCCAGCAUUCAACGACCAGUCUGAGGACUCCCUGAAAGCUCUGACCACCAACCUGGACUCGUUCAACUCCAAGCUCGCCACCAAGCUCGACGCCUUCAAGUCCAGCAACACCGGUGUUACUGCUCAGACCUUCAACACCAGCUCCUACUUCUGGGAGGUCUUCAACGACCCCACCUCGUUCGGCCUUGACAGCGACAUCACAGCCGCGAACGCGGACGGAACGUCUGCUGUGUGGUACGACAACUACCACCCGGGACAGGCCAUUCAUAAACUGGUCGCCAAGGGGUUCGUGGCUGCCCUGGCAGACUUCUUCUAG